UUGGGGUUUGGGGUUAGGCUUUCAAGGACUACCGACAACAUGGCAACUAGCAAUGAGAAAUGCCACUUCCCAUCUCUCAGGCUAUGGUGAGCUGAGUUCCCUUCUCUCCAUCUGUGGCAGAGAGAAACGCCAUCGUUUUGGUUCCUCUGUGCACGCCGCCAUCAUCAAGAACACCAAUCGCUUCGGCUUCAAUAACCUCACCGAUCCGAGAAAUGUUUUCGUCGUGUGGAAUUCUCUCAUUGCGAUGUACUCCAAGUGCGGCCGACUGCAGGAAGCAGCUAAGGUGUUUGACGAUAUGCCUCUUAAGGAUACUAUCUCCUGGAAUUCGAUAAUUUCAGGCUGCUUCAUUUGGGAGCAGUUCUCAAAGGGUUUCGAAUACUUCAAAAGAAUGCUUAUUUUGAAAAAAUGUUGGUAUGAUCAGGCGACGCUGACAAGUAUUAUUUCGAUCUGUACCAACCCUGAACUUUUGUAUGCUUGUUCUAUGAUCCAUUCAUUGAUUAUUUCAAGCGGAUAUGGGAGUGUAGUUCAGGUUGGAAAUGCUCUGAUCAGCGGUUACUUCCGAUGCUGCAGUCCCCUCUCAGCAAAGAAUGUUUUUGAUUCCAUGGUUGAAAGGAAUGUGAUAACAUGGACGGCAAUGGUAUCAGGGCUUGCCCAGUGCCAGUUAUUCAAUGAAAGUUUACUUUUUUUUCGAGAAAUUAUGAGAAUUGAAGAUGCCAACUCUAUGACUUACACAAGUUCUCUCUUUGCUUGUUCUGGGAUGCGACUUCUCAGGGAAGGACAGCAGAUUCAUGGAUGCGUUGAAAAGUCUGGUUUUAUGUCGGAUUUGCAUGUUAAGAGCGCUCUAAUGGACAUGUACUCCAAGUGCGGCAUGAUAGAAGACACAAUCCAGGUAUUUCAUUCCUGUGUUAACCCUGACGAGGUUUUCUCAACUGUGAUGCUCGUCGGUUUCGCGCAGAAUGGGAUGGAAGAGAGAGCUUUCGAAAUGUUUUCCGAAUUGGUACGCAAAAGCUUUGAGAUUGACGAAAACAUGGUGUCGGCUGUUCUCGGAGGCUUUGGGUCUGCCUCUACGCCAUUUGCGUUAGCUCUAGGGAAGCAAAUCCAUUCUUUAGUCAUCAAAAAAUGUUUUUUCUUCAACGUAUAUGUCUGCAAUGGACUCAUCAACAUGUAUUCGAAGUGUGGUGAGCUGAAAGACUCCAUCGAACUGUUCAAUCUAAUGCCAUAUAAGAAUUCAGUUUCCUGGAAUUCAAUGAUAGCUGCGUUUGGCCGCCAUGGCUAUGGAACAGAUGCACUCCAGCUUUAUGAGGAAAUGCUGUUAAACAGUAUUGAGCCUACUGAUGUCACUUUUCUUUCGUUGCUGCAUGCUUGUAGUCACGUGGGAUCUGUUGAGAAGGGUGUUGAGCUAUUGCGUUCAAUGAUUUCACGCCAUGGGAUUACUCCACGGGUGGAGCAUUAUGUUUGUAUUGUGGACAUGUUAGGCCGUGCAGGGCAAUUAUAUGAAGCAAGAAGUUUAAUAGAGGAGUUAAAUGUGGAGUCCAGUGGUCUUCUCUGGCAGGCUUUCAUUGGUGCUUGUGGCAUUCAUGGUAAUUUAGAAAUGGGAAGAUAUGCGGCGGAGAAAUUGGUCAUGAUUACACCAGACUGCACUUCGGCGUAUGUGUUGUUGUCCAAUAUAUAUUCAGCAGAAGGUAGAUGGGAAGAUAGAGCUAGAAUUAUAAGGAAGAUGAAGGAGAAGGGAGUGAAGAAGGAGAUUGGUGUGAGCUGGAUUGAAUUGGGGAAGAAGUUUCAUAGCUUUGUGGUUGAUGAUGAUCUACAUCCUCACUCAGAGAGCAUCUAUGGGGUACUGAGUGAGUUGAUUGCACUCAUAAGAGAUGAAGAAAAUAUGCUAGAUGAGAGGUUAAUAUUGAAUGAAUUGGAGAUCCAAGGUAAUAACACAUUAAUCCUUUCACAUUGAUGAAAUGCACUUUGAGGUUGUUGGUUGAAGGCAUUAUGAGCGUGUUGCUUUAUUUUUUCUGCACAUCCCAACUUUUUUUUAUGCUUUAU